AUGAAGUCAAGCGCCAGCGACGAGACUCACGGGAUUCUGAAGAUAUUUCAGUGGCUAGUCCGCCGAGAGCGGACUCUCCGUCAAGUCAAGAAAGUCGAUCAAGGACUCAACCCAUGUCGCGCGCUUGGCAACAGCGAGGGGACGAGAUCAUGCGGGAACAUAGUUCUACAAGCUUCUGCCAUGGCUAUCUAUGCAGUGCUGGCACUGCACGAGGAGUUUCUUAAUGAUGAUGAAGAUUUUCUUUCAAACGAAGGCUUCCUCUCAGAUGAUGGUUCCCUUCCUGAAGACAAUCUCGCUGUUGGGAGCAAUCCUGCUGUUGAGACUGCUUAG